AGCAGGGACAGGGGGAGUGAGCAGGGAGAGAGGGAGUGAGCAGGGAGAGGGGGAGUGAGCAGGGAGAGAGCAGGUACGGGAGGAGUGAGCAGAGGAAGCCGGGGCUCGGUGCCUUAUGGAAAGAGCAGCGAAGCUCCUGCAGCCGCCGCGAUGCUGGGGAAGGACUACAUGCUGGCGAUCAUCAUCGUUAACUAUGACGACAAUCUGUGGAAUGACCAAUCCCUGGAGAUAGACCCAGACCUUCCCCCGGGCUGGAGAAUUAUCCGGGACACAAGUGGCACUUACUAUUGGCAUGUACCAACUGGCACUACACAAUGGCAGCACCCAGCGUGCACAUCAAACAUCAGCCUGGACUCCAGGAAGUUGUCACCAGCCCUGUCCCCAAGCCUGGAGCACAAGGCGGUUAUCCCAGGAGCUGCUGGUGUGCACCGAUUGCCUGGAGGAGUGAGGUUCCAGAGCUCCAUGCCUGCUUCUUCAUCAAUAAACCUGCGAAUGGAACUCCCUUGGGCAGACAGCAGCCUCCAGGUCAGCACCAAUCCUGAUUCAAAGUGCUUCGCAGUCAGGUCCCUGGGUUGGGUGGAGAUACCUGAAGAGGACCUGACUCCAGGGAAAAGCAGCAUUGCUGUGAAUAACUGCAUCCAGCAGCUUUCCUACAGCAAAUCAGAGGGAAGGCAGAGUGGACUAACCUGGGGAGAGGGUCAGGAUAUGGUGAUGGUUCUGAAGAAGGACACGUUGAGUCUGGUUGACCCUGUCGACCACAGUUUGAUUCAUUCCCAACCGAUUAUCAACAUCCGAGUGUGGGGAGUGGGCUGUAAUAACGGCAGAGACUUUGCCUAUGUUGCCAGUGACAAGGAUACGUGCAUGCUCAAGUGCCACGUUUUUCAUUGCAACACACCUGCCAAAGCCAUUGCCACUGCCCUCCAUCAGAUGUGCUCCCAGAUCAUGGCAGAACGAGCAAAUAAUAGUGGCUCAUCGAAAGUGUCGAGAGUGGAGGACAGCAUUUCUCCAGUCGACCUGCCUCUACAAGUUGACCUCCUGGAGACAGUGAGACAAUCUGUACAGAGGUUUAAUGUCCAAUACAUCGGCAGGCUCCCUGUGACCAACUCAAUGGGAAUGAAGCUGGUGAACGGAGUGAUAAAGAGUCUGCUGGAUUCAGUGGACAGAUGUGACUGGCCUUCAGUUCUCCUCCAGGUUACGGAUACCACUCUGUCUGUGUCUAAGGGGGAGGAGAGCAGGGAGCUGUGUUGGCAGUGCCGGGUACGGUACCUGACCUUCCUGGGCAUUGGGAAGGACCCACAUACCUUCGGCCUCAUCGUGGACACGGGACUCCAGCAUUUCGAGUGCCACGUUUUCUGGUGUGAGCCUGAUGCUGGCUACAUCUCUGAGGCCAUUCAGGCUGCUUGUAUGCUACAAUACCAGAAGUGUUUGGUGGCUACAGCUCCCAGAGGGAGAUCGAAGAGGGCCACUCGCUCACAGCCAUCCCCUUCAGGCCUGAAGAAGCACCUGUCUUCCCCAGUGAUUGAUGGCGCGGGUGCCACGCCUGGACCCCUCCUUUCCGCCCCCAAGUUCACCAGUGGCUCCAAUCUGAAACAUGGCAUCCUGGCCCUGCUGGAUACCUUUAAACACAAGCACUCGGUGUUGAAAAUGCCAUAGUGUCACAGAG